CCGCCGCGACCCCCCCGGCGCCGGUUGCGGCCCGUCCCGGCCCCGCCAUGGCCGCCCCCCCCCGCCUCGGCAUCCAGAUGCUGCUGGAGGCCGCCGAGUUCCUGGAGCGGCGGGAGCGAGAAGCCGAGCACGGUUACGCCUCGCUGCGGCCCGGCGGGAAGGACGGGGAGGCCCCGCGGCGCCGCGCCAAGACCCGGAGGAGCGGCAGCGGCGGCAGGUCGACACACAAUGAGAUGGAAAAGAACAGGCGUGCCCAGCUCCGGCUGUGCCUGGAGAGGCUGAAGGGGCUGGUGCCGCUGGGAGCGGCGGCCGGGCGGCACACGACGCUCAGCCUCCUCACCAGGGCCAGGCUCCACAUCCAGAAGCUGGAGGACCAGGAGCGCCGGGCCCUGCACCAGAUCGAGCAGCUGCAGCGGGAGCAGCGGCACCUCCAGCGGCAGCUGGAAAAGCUGGGAAUCGAGCGGGUCAGGAUAGACAGCAUCGGCUCCAGCCUCUCCUCCGAGCGCUCUGACUCGGAUCGAGGUGAGAGCCCGUGCUGGGGGACGGCCGGCGCGGGGUCUGGCCGUGCUGGAACUCCAACCAUUCCCAUUCCUCUGGCAGAAGAGAUGGAUGUGGAUGUGGAGAGCACGGACGACCUCCCGGCUGACCUGGACUGGAGCAGCAGCAGCCCCAGCGACUCGGACGAGCGCGGGAGCCUCCAGAGCCUCGGCAGCGACGAGGGAUAUUCCAGCUCCGGCGGGACCAGGGCGAAGCUGGCGAGCAGCCGGAAGCUUCCUGUCGGGAUCUAGGAAGCGCUUCCCAUCGCCGUUCCCUUGGGAUCCCGUUAGCCAGCACACCGACCCCCCCAGCAUUCCCUGCACGGAAAAACCUGAGCGUCCCGCCGAUCCAGCUGCUCCCGGGGCUCCGUUUGCACUGCCGGCCGCUCAUCCCGGCCGAAUCUCCUCUGCCAGGCCCUACAUUCCAGCCACACGCGGAAACGCCCGGGAAUAUCUUGGCAAUAACAGCGACCUCAAGAGCCUUCCCUGGGUUCUUUCCCAGGCUGUCACUGCCCGGUAUUCCCGAUCUUCUCUACAUUUGGGUGGCGUCAUCACGUUCCCGAUCCUCAGGACCCAAAAAGCUGACGUUUUGGGAGCAGAUCCGAAAAGAGAACCGGCCCUUUGUGGAGUUUCCACCGGGACAGAGCGGAGCCAGGUUGGGAACAAAGAGCAUUUCGGGCACAGGGAUCAGCCUCAGUCGGGGGUCCCUUCCCCCCGACUCUAAAUAUUCAGGGACACCCCAUCCCAGUCGUCCCAGAGCAUUCCUGGCGUGGGGAGCAGCGCUCUGGGGGUGCAGAGCCGUCCUCACCCCUCGGGUCGGCCGCCUCCGGGCUGGGAAGUUUCUGCCCUCCCUAAACCCAAAUGGGACGUCCCACCUCCCGUGGCACGGCAUUCCAGACUCCUGGAAUUCCAUUUCCACGCUUCUAGUCUCGGGGACAAUUUUUUCUACCUCGGAGGGAGCCCAUGGACUCUCUCCACCCCUUCAGCACAAAGAUGAUGCCUCUGCUCAGCAAUAACCCCACGGGACUCCCCGGAUCUGGGAUUUUUCCAGCCUCGUGGAGGAUUCCAGAAGCCACCACAGGGAGAGAAGCCCCGGAGGGCAGGGGGGAUUCCGAGCCAGAGCACACGUGAGCUGUCCGUGGUGUGUGUUCGUUUCCCAAUGCACUGGAGGGAGCGUUCCCACCACUUCCUGCUUGUAGAGAUGCUCUGGGAAUGCUGACAUGUGGAGAGCUCUGCUUCCAACCCCUUCCUUUUCCCCUCGAGCUGGUCCAAGGGCUUUUCCAGCCCCAUGGAGCUGGCCAGGCCCUGGGGAGGAGUCGGCAAGGAGCUCUCCAAGGGUUUAGGAUACAAAGGUGGCUCUGCCAGUCCCUUUCAGGAAACACAGGUGCUGAAAGGCAUCGAGAUGCUCCAUGGAGUGCAAGGGGAUGAGCAGUGGGAGACUCCAGUGCUUUCCUUUGUCUUUUUUCUUUUUUUUUUUUUUUUCUUUUUUCUUUUUCCUUUCCUUUCCUUUCCUUUCCUUUCCUUUCCUUUC